AUGAAUACGUUUAUGGACAAAAUCAAAUCAAUUUUUGGAUUAAGACCAGAACCGCCUAGAAACGAUUUCAGAAACCCUAUUUGGGGCUCAGACGAUGAUGAUGAAGACGAAAUAUAUUCGAGGCAGCAAUUGGACAUAUACCAAGACCCUCUUCAAUUACAACAAGAAUUUGCCAAACAUAUGCAAGAAAUGUUUAAAAGUUUCGGCAGUGUGUUUGGUGACAUGAAGUCAUUUUUCGAUGACGAUCCUUUAAAAACCUUUCAGGCUGUACCAGAUCUACAUUCAUUCGAUUCCCAAUCACAGACAGAGGAUGCCGAUAGCAAUCGUAUAAGAGAUUUCUAUUUGAAACCUGGCUAUCAUCAUAAACAUCAUCCAAAGGAGGAUAUAGAUUUAGAUGGAAAAAUAUCCUCAAAUGAUAUCUCAGACUUAUUUAAAAAGAAACCAGAGAACCAUAUAGUACCUGCAACUCCUUUUAAUGGAAAUAUGGUGCCAGGUAGGUCAUUUUGUCAAACAAUUAUAACAACAAGUGUUAAAAAGCCUGAUGGCACAAUAGAAACUAAAAGGAUUGUUAAAAAUGGCAAUGAAGUAGUGGAAGAGACCAUAACCUCGACAGAACCGACAUCAAAAGGUCCUUACCCUGGAUUUAAUCCAAUAGACACAACAAAUAUCAUGUUUUCACAACUCUCAUCAUUACUGAAAAAUUUUUACUAA